GCCUCCGCAGGGGCUGACGGGAGCCGCGGCCGCGCUGAGGAGGGCCAAAAUGGCGGCAGCUGCGGCUUCGGUGCUCGGCGCGGUGCUGGGUCCGCGGGGCGCGGGGCUCCCGGGUGCACGAGCCCGAGGGCUGCUGCGCGGCGCACGGCCGGGGCAGCUCCCCAUACGGACGCCUCAGGCAGUGUCCUUGUCAUCGAAGCCCGGUCUGUCCCGGGGCCGGAAGGUGAUGCUGUCAGCGCUGGGCAUGCUAGCUGCUGGGGGUGCGGGGCUGGCCAUGGCUCUGCACACCGCCGUCGGUGCCAGUGACCUGGAGCUGCACCCCCCCAGCUACCCGUGGUCUCACCGUGGGCUCCUCUCGUCCCUGGACCACACCAGCAUCCGGAGGGGUUUCCAGGUGUACAAGCAGGUGUGCUCUUCCUGUCACAGCAUGGACUACCUGGCUUACCGCCACCUGGUGGGCGUGUGCUACACGGAGGAAGAAGCCAAGGCCUUGGCAGAGGAGGUGGAGAUACAGGACGGCCCCAAUGAGGAUGGGGAGAUGUUCACACGUCCAGGCAAGCUGUCUGACUACUUUCCUAAACCAUACCCCAACCCUGAGGCAGCCCGUGUGGCCAACAACGGGGCUGUGCCCCCUGACCUCAGUUACAUCGUGCGAGCUAGGCAUGGUGGCGAAGACUAUGUCUUCUCCCUGCUCACGGGCUACUGUGAGCCACCCACCGGAGUGUCACUGCGAGAAGGUCUCUACUUCAACCCCUACUUCCCUGGGCAGGCCAUUGGCAUGGCUCCCCCCAUUUACAACGAAGUGCUGGAGUUUGAUGAUGGCACCCCAGCCACCAUGUCCCAAGUGGCCAAAGACGUGUGUACCUUCCUACGCUGGGCAUCUGAGCCAGAACAUGACCAUCGCAAGCGCAUGGGGCUGAAGAUGUUGAUGAUGAUGGGUUUGCUGCUGCCCCUGGUGUAUGCCAUGAAGCGGCAUAAGUGGUCAGUCUUGAAGAGCCGGAAGAUGGCAUAUCGGCCACCCAAGUGAUCCUGCCUGACACCUGCUGCUGUCCCGCCUGAGCCCAAGCCAGGAGC